AGAUGACAAGCGAGCUGGAUGAGGGGGUAAGACGAAGUGACGUCGUGAGCAUAAAUAGUACCUCGUCAUCGUCGCCGGCAUCAUUGACAUCUUAAUAUUGUGAUACUCUUCUAACUACCUGUACGAUCAUAGUACAACAAGCAACCAUGGCUGCCGCACCCGCCAUUGGCGGCCUCUUCGCCGUCGAGAUCCCCAUUACAAACCUUGAGCGCUCGCAAAAGUUCUACUCGGAGCUCUUUGCCUGGGAGUUUGCCGGUGCACUGCCUAAAGAGACCGAGGGCAUCAAGACGCUGCAUUUUUUCACUGAUGCCUCCAAGUCGAUCAGGGGGGCCCUGUUGCUCCUUGACGAGGGAUACUCGCCCAAGUCGGCCGGUAAGGAGGGCUGGGGCGUGUACCCCACGUUUAUCGUUGGCGACGUUGGUGAGGCCAUUCAAAAGGCCGAGGCUCUCGGCGGAGGUGUUAAGACUCCCCGGACCGAGAUCCCCAACGGUAUGGGUGUAGUCGGACACGUCGUUGACCCUGAUAAUAAUGUCAUCGGCCUCUGGUCGCUGAAGUGAGGCUGUUUAUAUGCUCGUGCCUUUUACUGCGGUAAAUGAGAGGGAUUCAAGAGAGGCUGGUAUUGGGUGUGCUUUCUACUGGAACAUGGACACAAGAUGGUGGUUAGUCGCCGUCUGGCCGAUUGACGGGAAAGACAGUUAUAAUUCAGGCUUCUUCUGCCAGAAAUGAAUGGAAAUAUUAAUCAAUUGCUAUCAUAUGUUAGUAUGUUCAAGGCAAUAAUAUGGUGACACCCUUUCCUUCUAUAUAGGGAUUCCGUGCUAUAACCUAGGUAUUAAGGCAGUCAGGCGCCUAGUGCUUGGAGCCAUUUAAUUCU